UUACGUCACAACAAAAGCCUGUCAAAAACAGUCAGUGGGCAGCAGUUUUGUCGCGCAGACGACGACUGUGCAUUUACUACGUCUGCUUAAUAUUCAUCUUUUGGUAUUUAUUACCGCGGUGUUUUUAACGCAAUUAAAUGCUGAAUUCGCUCUGCCAACAUUUAAUUCUCUACAGAAAGUGAAGCGAACCGUUUUCUCUUAAAAUCACCUCAGACAAGAAGAAUGAAUUGGGUCGGAGGAUCACGGAGCAGGUUUAUGAAACACAAAGAAGACACCAUAAAACAGAGGGCUUUUUUUCAAAAACAAAGGAUGAAGAAGUUUAAAAAUGUUGACCCACAGACAUCACCAAAUGAAAACAAUGCUGCCAAUGUGGACCUGCUGACAUUAUUCAUUGUCAAUCAGAUUGCAUCAAAGAAAAAGCACAAUGGCAAACCCAAAAUGAAUUUCUUUAAUGCAAACGAGACCAAGACAACAUUGAACGAGGCCUUAGAGUUACCAAUGAGCCCAUGUUCUCCUUCAAACCUGGACCUUGUCACCAGUCAGCCACAAUACAGUGCCCAUGACAGUGAUACAGUUGAUACACAUGGUUUCAAUAUCAGAAAACACUGUAUUUCUAAAGAAUUUAAGUUCAAGCCGCUUUCACCAUUGCUUGAAUCUAACCUGUCCGACCUCAGUGGCUCAGAAAACCAACCUCACAUCCAGAACACCAUUAGCCCUUUUCCACCAACCACCGGCUCCUCAGAAUCAUUUCAUAUGCAACCCGGACCUUCAUCACAUGUCUCUUCCUCUCUACCAUGUAGAGAAAAUUCUGACUCCAACAGCACAAAGUUUGAGCUGUUCUCCCAGCCAAUGACAUCGGCUAAUCCAUGGACAGACGUAUCGGGUGAUGCAAAUGGUUUGCAGAACAGCUCAGUGGCUGAUAUUCUGUUUGGGAUCACAUUACCAAACACAGACACAGCAGAGCAGUCGGCAUACUCGGGUUUGUAUCCAGCCAGCCCUUUAAAGAGCAGUGAACAACUGGAAGGGCCACUGUUUAUAGAUUUCACCAACAGAGAUCAUAACGAAAAUCCUUAUGCUGAGAAAACAACAAACAUCUUUUUGGAAACGUCAUUUUCUUCCUCCACAAGAGUCCAAAGAAACAGCGAGGGAUCAGAAAACAUGGACCGUGAUGGGCACUUCCUAGCACAGAAUAAAUCGUAUGAUGGGAAUGGUGAAAAAAAUGCUCCAGUAAAGCAGGAUGCAGAGACGCAAACGGCAGCUGUUCCUGCUUUGUCCUGCUGUGAUGUCUCAGUACAGUGUUCACUUAUUCAGACAGGCUCCAUCAACUCCAUCGCUUUUCCCACUGGUGAUUAUAAAACCGGCAGCUGUACCACUAGGCGGCAGUCUGUUCAUUUUAAUGAAAUGCCAUCUGGGGCAACAGCAACAAAAGAGAAGGCGCAGACACAUCCAAAAGCAACGAAAGAACUGAAAAUAGGGCAACUGUUGGAAUGCAGAGUGAAAGAGAGGUGUGAGGACCAACGGUUGGAAAGUGUGAUGCGAAACCCUGUCAAGGACGUCAGGCGUGCAGAAGACAAUCUGUGAAGAAGAACUUCGCAGCAGAAAAAGGUGCAAAUUGUGUCUCUGAGGAAACCGAGAGAUAUGACGGAAUUGCUGACAUUUUGCUGACAUUGAAGUGAAAUGAUAAAAGAUUUAUUAGUUAGAAAACAGUGAGAAAAUGAAUUCACACCCCUAGAGCUAAAAGCAGAUUAUAAUUCACUUGUUCUGCACUAAAAACAGAAUCUUUGCAUUGUUAUAUAUCAUCAUCAUCUCUUUAUUAUAUUAUAUUUCCAGGUACAUAUUCAAGUUUUCAAAGUUCAUAUAUUUACUUUUAUAGAAUAUAAAUCUAGCAAACAUUUACAGCAACAGUAAUCAAACACAAUAUUUGUAUCAAUGGUAUAAACACUGCAUUACAUUUUUUCCACAUAUACAAAUACAAAAAAAUACACUAAAAACAUUUGAUGUUCAUUGGUAGUGACAAAGGGCUGUCCAUAUUGGAGCACCUUCCAAAUACAAUCUAAAAUUCAAAUACAUCUGGUACACAUAAAACUGCUUAAUAAACCUCUAAAUUACAUAUAAGACAAA